CAAUAAUCAUCGUCCCCGUCCCUCUCAAUCGCCUCCUCCUCUACGAAGAAUCCAAGGAAGAGGAGGGAGAUAUCUAGGGUUUCUCUUCGUCCCCAGAUAGGGUUUCCUACGAGGUACCAGAGAUGCGUUCGGGCUUCUGCCGCGGCUGCGUCGCCCUCCUCCUCAACCUCCUCAACUUCCUACAUGCCUUCGUCGGCGUCUCCGCCGCGAUCUACUCCGUAUGGAUGCUCAAUCGCUGGAUCCGCCAUGGGGGGAGCCUCGAGAUCAGGGAUCUCCCCGAUAUCUGGUUUCUGUGUGCUUUGAUGGGUGUUGGGGUUCUGUUUUGCCUGAUUGCCCUCACAGGAUAUGUUGCUGCUGAAUCCAGGAGCAGUUGCUGCCUCUGUUUUUUCUCAGCAUUGACCACCAUACUUAUUCUACUAGAAGCUGCUUUAGCAGGUGAUUUGAUGCUCAACAAACAAUGGGAACAGGAUCUUCCAUACGAUUCUACUGGAGAACUAAAAACUCUAUGUGCAUUCAUUAAAGAAAAUAUGGAUUUGUGCAAAUGGGUGGCCUUAAGUGUGAUUUUCAUUCAGGUAUUCUCACUUUUCUUGGCAAUGAUUUUGCGAGCGAUGGUUCCAUUGAGAAGAAUCGACUAUGAUAGUGAUGAAGAUUUUAUUGUCAUAAGGAGACCUCUUCUAAUUGCCCAAGCUGCCCCCACUUAUCCUACAGGCUCUGUUGAGAGUAGAGGGUUGCACUCAGACAGUUGGAGCUCACGGAUGAGACAGAAGUAUGGACUGAACCAGAACGAAUUCUCGUACAACACCUUCGACCCAAAGGCAUCAAUUCCGCGAUGAACAUCCAACGUGCCCACAACAAACACGGCGGUGAUAUGUUCCAUAAGCAAUCCCAAGCUUUGCCUGCCUGCAAGCAUAUUUUAUCGAAUAGUUACAAGUAUUUGAUCCCUUCUGGUGUGUGCUCUCUUCUCUGUUCUUAAUAUAGCUGUCUGUACAAGUGGGAGUUGUAUAUAGGGUUGCAAUGCUGUUAAUAUCCAUAUUAUUAUUGUAUGGAGAGGGUGGGCAUGUGGACCAGUGUGUGUGGGUUUGCUUCACAUGAUAUGUUUCUUCAGCAACAAUCAUUGCCGUGGAGGGAUGUGGAGUUAUGAUGGUUGUUAGUUGUGGCUUGCGGUGGAUAUGCCAAAUUACUCUUUUUCUCUUCUUAUUACACUGCUGGGCUUGCUUGAGAAUGAAUCGGCGAGGCACAGCAAGCCGUUUUGGGACCGUA